UUGUGUGUUGUGUACAGACUGUAUAAAGCUUGUAGACACAUUGUGUGCUGGCUGUGUAUAUGUGUACUGUGUAUAUGCUGUGUACAGGCCGUGUUGAUGUUGUGCUGCGCUGUGGGCCAUGCAAAAUACGAUUUGAUGAAGUUCAUUUAAUCAAACACGGGCUACAGACAAACUAGUGUCGGACAUCGCUCCUUGUUUAUAUCCAAACAAUGAGCAUAUCAGUUCAGCUCCUCCAGUCAGUUCAUGAUGGAAUGAAGGAAGUUCUCAGGUCUUAUAAUGUCUCAAAAGACGAGGUGAGACUAUUGGCUACUAACAAUUGCUGCUUCAAUAGUCUUGUGUAGGUGAGACGGGUAACUGACCAAAGGAUGAAAACAAUUCGUAAACAAGUGUUGUACUCGUGACAUGUAGCCGCAAGUUCCUAAAAUUGAUUUCAGCCACAAACUGGGACAAAGAGCAGUUUUUCUGUGUUGCUGCCACUAGCUUUGCAUGAAAACAAUCAUCUGACUUUCAGUUAUACCUUGUGUGGGCUGAAAGGGAAAUGCCUGCAUUUUAAUCUUAAAUUUAUAAUUUCUUUGACCCAAAACUUGCUGCAGGUAUUCAGAAUAAACGAUUAUUUGACUGGUUAAACUUUGCUGCACGUGUUGGGAGUAAACUAUCCUUUAGAAUCGUUUAAAUGGUUAAACUUGAAAGCACACAACCCUUCACGAGGUAUUUUUUGUUUAAAAGACAAGAUUUUAUAAAGUCCACAACACCAGCUCUACUCUUCAAACGUUUGUCCCAGUGCGACAAGACCGACUUGAAAUGACAAAAUGCAACAAAGAUUCAGCCAUUCGUGUCAGGCUUGACAGUCCAUCACUUGCAUGUCCACCUACAGUUCACUCAACCCCAUUCCUUCAGGUUGUGUGGAUGUGUGAGUGGGUGGCUGUGUUUGUCUGGGGGGUGAGGGUGUGUGACUGUGUUUGUCUGGGGUGUGAGGGUGUGUGACUGUGUGUGUGAGGGUGUGUGACUGUGUUUGUGUGGGUGUGAGGCUGGGUGACUGUGUUUGAUUACUUUAUGAAUUUUGAGAGAUCUAUUGUCAUUUUCUCUAACAUUUCAAAUUUUUUCAUUCCUCGCGGGAGUUUUAAAAAAUGUAAGUGCUGGACUGCCCACAUUAUCAAAUAAAGGUAUUAGGUAUUACAAGUAGAAUUAUAGGAUUUAUGAACGCGCAGUGCGCGUGCCUGCCGCUAGGAUGUGCAGAGACAAAAGGUCAAAGGGUCGCCGUGUUCUCCCACACACACUUUCUCCCUCCUUCCCUCCUUCCCUCCUUCCCUCCUUCCCGCAGGCGCAUUGAUCGUCAGGCAGCUGCUGGUCUGCGCUGCGUCACGUGGAGCCGCCUAACCACUCGGACUGCGGUACCGUCUGCCUCCAUGUCCACCGGGGGAGUAAAGGGCUGGAGGGGGUACACUUGAUGGAUGAGGAGAGUGUGAUAUGAAGCUGGCCUGCAGGACACAGCAUCUGUAAACCCUGGCUAAACUCACUGGCUUCCUGCACAGUCUGGACAUCAUUGACUGCAGCCUGCUGCAAGCCUCCAGAUGGUGAGGACAAGACAAAGCUGCUGACAGUCUCGUCAAGAGUAGGCGGUAUCCACACGAUGGCUGGCCCGGCCUACGUCAUCAUUUCCAAUAUGGCCGACCGGCUGCUGCUGAGCCUGGCGGGCCUGUUGGUGUCAGUGUACUCUCUACACGUGGAGGUGCAGAAGGAGAAGAACCCCAAGUACAGAGCAGCCUGCGACUUCAGCGAGAGGAUGAGCUGCUCCAAAGUGCUGACUUCAAAGUACAGUCGGGGCUUUGGUGUGGUGGAGCCGUACCUCGGCAAAAAGCAUUUUCUGAACGUUCGCAACUGUAACCUUGGCAUCGUCUUCUACCUCGUCCACGCAGCCCUCGCGCUGCUGCUACCCGCCGUGACGGCAGCCCCCCUGCUGCUCCUCCUGUCUGUGGCCGGGGUCGUGACCUCUCUUUACCUGGGCUACAUCCUCUUUGUCGUCAUGAAUGACGUUUGCGUUGUUUGUAUCACGACCUACGUCAUCAACGGACUUCUCCUCUACCUGAGCUACUCCUUGUAUUCUCAGGUGUAACAAGGAAGCGCGUUGUGUCACCUGUCGCCUCUACAUCGACCUGUUAGCUUUCGGUCACGUGACUCGACACGGCGACUGCUCUCGUGGCUGCUGGCUGUGGUGGCACAGGAGGCACGUGCGGCGUAGUGUCCUCGCCGUCUGCUGGUCCUCAAACAGCUGAGCGUUUUGUGAGAAAGGUUUGACUGUCACGUGACCAAGCCGUCUCAGUAUCAUCUGUUGUUUGUUUAUUUGUUUGGAAGGCCUGAACAUAAUAAAUACAAACACUAUCACAAAGCUAA